CUGCUCCACUUCCGGUUAGAAUUCACAACAGAGCCAAAAGCUAACCCAUUAUAACGGGAUUAGGUCAAAAACCGUGAAUGUAGCAUCAGUACUCAGACAGAAUCAUGAUUCCGUACACUGUCAACAUCAAACUGGCGGCUCGGACUCUGACUGGCACCCUGAACUUACAGAAUAAAACCGCAGUAGACUGGGGCUGGCAGGGACUGAUCGCUCAAGGAUGCCACUCCAGUAUUCUCAUCAUCGAUCCGAAGACGGCCCAGACCAUCCAGGUGUUGGAGAGGCACAAAGCCGUGGUGGUCAAGGUGAAAUGGUCCAGAGAAAACUACUACCACAACCUGAGCUCGCCGUACUGCUUGCGUCUGGCUUCGGGCGAUGCCUCGGGGAAGAUCAUCGUAUGGGAUGUGGUGAGCGGUACGGCCCACUGUGAGAUCCAGGAGCACUCCAAACCAAUCCAGGACCUGGAAUGGUUGUGGAAUCAGGAUGCAUCUCGGGAUCUGCUGCUGGCCGUCCACCCUCCAAACUACAUCGUCCUGUGGAACGGAGACACAGGAACCAAACUCUGGAAGAAGAGCUACGCUGAGAACAUCUUGUCCUUCUCUUUUGAUCCCUUUGACCCCUGCAAUAUGGCCUUGCUGACCAGUGAAGGAAUAGUCUUCAUUACAGACUUCUCCCCGUCCAAACCACCUGGGAGCGCCGGCAAAAAAGUCUACAUCGCCAGCCCCCACGCAAGCCCCGCCCACACCAAGCCCACGCCUGCUGCUGCCCCC